CAUCAAAACAUGUGCUCCACUACGUCAACGCGAAAGAACGGAAUGGCGUGAACGAUAACGACGUGGGUUUCCAACUUUCGUUUAUAAUUCAUAUAUGAUUCCAGCAAUCACCAACGCGACAGCUGAAAAUCAAUAUUAACUUAUUGUUUAAUCGAAUGAUUACCAUUCUUCAUAACACAGAAGAUGAGUAUAGACGCCUAUGGCCCGAAUUCUCAGACACUGACCUUCCUGGAUACCGAAGAGGAUCUACUUGGAGCCGACACCCAGGGAACAGAUUUCGACUUCAAUGACUUUACAUUGCCAUCGCAAACUCAGUCCCAAACUCAAGCAUCUCAACUUGAUCCGGCUCAGAGUCAAAGUCAGGUCAAUGAUUUGCCAGUGCAGAAUGGGUUGGACGGUAACAUUAAUGCCAUCACUCAGGGGGUUGGAGAGCUGCAGUUUGAGGAAGAUGAAGAAGACCAAUUCUAUAUAAAGGACCUUCCAAAACAUGCCUGCGCAUACUGUGGCAUUCAUGAGCCAGCCUGUGUAGUGUACUGCAAUACAACCAAGAAGUGGUUCUGCAAUGGCAGGGGCAACACAUCUGGAAGCCAUAUCAUCAAUCACCUGGUGCGCGCUCGUGCUAAGGAAGUGACACUGCACAAAGAUGGACCGCUAGGAGAGACAGUGCUGGAGUGUUACAACUGUGCCUGCCGCAAUGUCUUCCUGCUUGGCUUUAUACCUGCCAAGGCAGACUCUGUUGUCGUACUGCUGUGUAGGCAGCCGUGUGCUACACUUAGCAACCUGAAGGACAUGAACUGGGACCCGUCCCAGUGGCAGCCCCUGAUCCAGGACCGCCAGUUCCUGCCCUGGCUGGUGAAGGUGCCGGCAGACCAGGACCAGCUGAGGGCCCGUCAGAUCUCCGCGCAGCAGAUCAACAAGCUGGAGGAGCUGUGGAAGGACAACCCUGAGGCCAGCCUGGAGGAUCUGGAGAAGCCUGGCGUGGAUGAGGAGCCACAACAAGUCCUGUUGAGGUAUGAUGAUGCGUACCAGUACCAGAGCAUCUUCGGUCCCCUUGUCAAGCUGGAGGCAGACUAUGAUCGCAAGCUGAAGGAGUCCCAGACCCAGGACAACAUCGUGGUGCGCUGGGACCUCGGCCUCAACAAGAAGAGGAUCGCUUACUUUAAUCUGCCCAAGGCAAACGAUGAGAUGAAGCUGAUGCAUGGAGAUGAGUUGAGGCUGCGCUACAUGGGGGAACUCCACAAGCACUGGUCGGGAGUGGGGCAUGUCAUCAAGAUUCCUGACAACCACAGUGAUGAGAUUGCCAUAGAGCUGAAGAGUAACGCUGGGGUUCCCAGUGAGUGCACACACAACUUUGUGGUGGAGUUUGUCUGGAAGUCCACAUCUUUUGAUAGAAUGCAGGCGUCCAUGAAGACGUUUGCAGUGGAUGAGCUCUCUGUGUGGGGCUAUAUCUACCACAAGCUGUUGGGUCACGAGGUGGAGGAUGUGGUCAUCAAGUGCACGCUGCCCAAGAGGUUCAGUGCCACCAACCUGCCUGAGCUCAACCACUCCCAGGUGUACGCAGUGAAGACAGUCCUACAGCGACCUCUCAGUCUCAUUCAGGGUCCCCCUGGUACUGGCAAGACUGUCACAUCGGCCACUGUAGUGUACCACCUGGCCAAGCAGAACAACGGUCAGGUGCUGGUGUGUGCUCCCUCCAACAUAGCUGUGGACCAGCUCACUGAGAAGAUACACAAGACUGGACUCAAGGUUGUGCGUCUGUGUGCCAAGAGUCGUGAGGCGAUCGAGUCCCCAGUGGCCUUCCUGGCCCUGCACAACCAGAUCAGAAACAUGGACAGUUUCCCAGAGCUGGCCAAGCUGCAGCAGUUGAAGGAUGAGACGGGAGAGCUGUCCUCCACGGACGAGAAGAGAUAUCGGUCCCUGAAGAAGCAGUGUGAGAGGGAGCUUCUGCAGAAUGCCGAUGUGAUCUGCUGCACAUGUGUGGGGGCAGGUGACCCGAGGCUGGCUAAGAUGCAGUUCCGCUCCGUGCUCAUAGAUGAAAGUACGCAGGCUACCGAGCCUGAAUGCAUGAUACCGGUCGUGUUGGGUUGCAGACAGUUGAUCCUGGUAGGUGACCACUGUCAACUGGGCCCGGUGGUGAUGUGCAAGAAGGCAGCGCGUGCAGGCCUGUCCCAGUCCUUGUUUGAGAGACUGGUGGUGCUGGGUAUACGCCCCAUACGGCUCCAGGUGCAGUACCGCAUGCACCCUGCACUCAGCGCCUUCCCUUCCAACAUCUUCUAUGAGGGGUCACUGCAGAAUGGUGUCACGCCAGCUGAAAGGAUCCGCAAUAAUCUGGACAUCCCCUGGCCCCAGCCGGACAAGCCUAUGUUCUUCUACACGUCGUCUGGACAGGAAGAAAUCUCCAGUUCUGGAACAUCCUAUCUCAACAGGACUGAGACGGCCUCGGUGGAGAAGAUAGCCACGCGGUUUCUGCGGUCCGGGGUUAAGCCAGAGCAGAUUGGCAUCAUCACCCCCUAUGAGGGCCAGCGGGCUUACAUCGUACAGUACAUGCAGUAUAGCGGCUCUCUCAACAAGAAACUCUACAUGGAGAUAGAGGUGGCCAGUGUGGAUGCGUUCCAGGGCCGAGAGAAGGACUUCAUCAUCCUGUCGUGUGUGCGCUCUAAUGAGCACCAGGGCAUUGGCUUCCUCAAUGACCCCCGCCGCCUCAAUGUGGCCCUCACCCGCGCAAAAUAUGGGAUCAUCAUUGUGGGCAAUCCAAAGGUGUUGUCAAAACAACCCCUAUGGAACCACCUUCUGACGUACUACAAGGAGCAGAAGUGUCUGGUGGAGGGCCCACUGAACAACCUGAAGGAGAGCCUCAUUCAGUUCAGCAAGCCCCGCAAGCUGGUCAACUCCACCAACCCUGGCGGACGGUUCAUGAGCAACACCAUGUUUGACGCGAGGGAGGUCCUCAUCCCCGGAGGCAGUUAUGACAGAAGUGUGGGGUACCGUGAGCCUGUGGUUCGCACCCAUGACCAGCUGGGCUUCAUCGGCCCAGAGAGGGCGUAUACUGGCCCUGCUAUGAACAUGCCCGUGCCUGUGAACAUGUUCAUCAGCCCCAUGCCCCAGGCCUUCCACCCGGUACAGCAGCCGAUGCAGAUGCCUAUGAAUGCCCGGGGUGGUCGUGGUGGUGGUAUGCGCGGGGGCCGGGGUGGCAGGACCAAGCCUCCCCGCUACAGCCAGAACAGCCAGCAGCAGAGCCAGAUGUUGCACAUGUCCAACAGCCAGGGGAGCCAGGACGUGUCCCAGGGGUUCUCCCAGGGUCCCCUCACACAGGGGCCGCUGUCCAUGAGUCAGCCCUUCCAGAUGUCCCAGCCAGGUCUGUCCGGCCUCUCACAGCCAGAACUGUCGCAGGACAGUUUCAUGGCAGACGACUUCAAGUCGCAGGCUGACGGCAUGCUGUCCCAGGACUCGACGUACCAGGGAGACCGCAUGUUCUACGCUUCACAGCUCUCACAGGGUGCAUUCAACUAGUACACACCGACUAGUUAUCACUCUGUGUGAUGUGGAGUCUGACGGUUAGAUGCAGUCAAGAAGACUUGGAAACCAACGACAACCAGUAGAGAAAGAGUAAGGAGCAGUGUCCUGACAGAUGGCAAACCAUUGAUCGUAUGCCCCACCCACUGGGUCAAUGAGCCCAAACAGCGCUCGCAUGAGCCGACGCGGCGCUCUCAAGCCCCAGCAGAGCCGUAGGAGGGAACUACUGCCUAUAACACUUGCCUACUGCCCUAGUGUCAACAUAUUUUGGCUCUUGCCAACAUGUAUUCAUGAUUGUUAACAUUAUGAAUAUGUACAGUUAGAGGCAAUUUGCUAGCAAGUUUGCAGUUUAUACCACCCCAGGCCGAUGGUUUCUGUUAGGAAACUGGUGGCAGAAACAUGCAGUUGUCAGAAGUCAGCAUACACUGCAGAGUGAAGAAAACCUUGAUGUAUUUGUAGAAAUACACUUAAGAGUCAUUGGAAGUUGUUGGCGGAUAUGUGAGAUCUACUUGGUAAUAAUUUGUGUAUUGAUGAUCUACUAUGACUGUGAACAUAAACACACUUAUAGAUUGUGUUGUUCAACAUUUUUUAGAGCUGAUGUUUUUUUUAAUGUUCUUGCAAAUGGACUAGCAAUGGAAUGAUGCAUGGAAAAUUGCAAAAUGAUUAUAUCUGUUGUGAAGGGUGUUUUAAACAUAGUAGUUCCUCUUAUAGGUCAGUGCUUUUAAGCAUCAAAUAUUACAAGACUUUACAUCAAAUUAUUCAGGACAUAUUUUAUAGCAAAUAGAUUUUAUUUUAAAAGUAUCAAUUUAAUUUUGUGAGCAGUGAUUUACUUUUGUAAAUAAACAUAUCAAACUAUAUUUUGAAUGUUUUGAUAAUAAUAACUUCAAUAUUUGUCAGCAUAUCAUUGUGUAGCCUUUUAAUUUUGUUUCAAUCCAGGGCACAUAUUCACCAAAAAAAAUGUUGGACAAAAUGUUAAUCGUAAGUUGUAAUAUUCAAUAAAUGCUCUUUAGUUUCUAUUGCACCUCUUUCAUUACAGCAUCCAUCUUUAAGAAAAAUUGUCAUUGACAUAAGCAACAUUUGAAUACCUUAUAUGUAAGAAACAUUUCCACCUGAAUGUGAAUUCUGAAUUCCUUUUUCCUGUUCAGACUGCAGCAAUACGGAAACUUUAGAAACAGUCUUGCCACUGACUAUUGGCUAUUAUUUUAAAAGGCUUUGGUAUAUUCUAGAAUCUGAUGUGAAAAAUGGUCAUGUGAAUCUGGGCCUGGACCUUACAGGGAUCAAUGGUGAUUUCCAUGCUCAUUUUAAUGCUUCUCCCAUUCUGUGUUGCUUGUCAUCUGAAGAAUGUGUAUACCUGAUAAUUGUGGCCUUUCAUUUCCAGACUUUUACCAUGGAACUCCAGUAGGAUGUUUGCAGUAGUAAAAGCCUGCCAAAAUGAACUUAUGAUUCGAUUGACAAUUUUAUUUUUCUGAAAGGAAUGACAUGUCUUGUUUAACAUUUGAUAACAACAAACAAUGUUCAAAGUGGUUAAACCAAAUAAGGUCUGAUAAUAAAUCCUUUAGCGGACUAUUUUUAAUAAAUGGCAGAAAUUCUGAUACGAAGAGGAAUGAUGAGUAUAUUAUGGCAUACUCAAUACAUGCGUGAAUAUGUGUGCAUUGCAAAACUUGAUUUGUAACUCCCUUUCAUAAACAGGCAUUCAAAAUGUGUAUAGUAUUUGUUUUUAUGUCCCCCACUAUAGUAGUGGGGGACAUAUUGUUUUUGCCCUGUCUGUUGGUUGGUCUGUCUGUCUGUCUGUCUGUCUGUCUGUCUGUUUGCGCCAACUUUAACAUGUGCAAUAACUUUUGCAAUAUUGAAGGUAGCAACUUGAUAUUUGGCAUGCAUAUGUAUCUCAUGGAGCUGCACAUUUUGAGUGGUGAAAGGUCAAGGUCAUCCUUCAAGGUCAAAGGUCAAAUAUAUGGGUCAAAAUCGCUAAUUUAAUGUACACUUUUGCAGUAUUUCAAUAUUCAAGAUAGCAACUUGAUAUUUGGCAUGCAUGUGUAACUCAUGGAGCUGCACAUUUUGAGUGGUGAAAGGUCAAGGUCAUCCUUCAAGGUCAGAGGUCAAAUAUAUGUGGCCAAAAUCGCUCAUUUUAUGAGUACUUUUGCAAUAUUGAAGAUAGCAACUUGACAUUUGGCAUGCAUGUGUAACUCAUGGAGCUGCACAUUUUGAGUGGUGAAAGGUCAAGGUCAUUCUUCAAGGUCAGAGAUUAAAUAUAUGUGGCCCAAAUCGCUUAUUUUAUGAAUACUUUUGCAAUAUUGAAGAUAGCAACUUGAUAUUUGGCAUGCAUGUGUAUCUCAUGGAGCUGCACAUUUUGAGUGGUGAAAGGUCAAGGUCAUCCUUCAAGGUCAAAUAUAUGGGUCAAAAUUGCUCAUGUAAUGUCACUUCUGCAAUAUUGAAGCUAGCAAUUUUAUAUUUGAAAUGCAUGUGUAUCUCAUGGAGCUGCACAUUUUGAGUGGUGAAGGGUCAAGGUCAUCCUACAAGGUCAAACUUCAUAUAGGGGGACAUUGUGUUUCACAAACGCAUCUUGUUUUAAAACAUUAAAUUAACAUUGAAAGGAAACACUGGAUAAGUCGUGUACUUAAUGUAACUUAUGUACUAAAACUUGGUUAUUUUCAAUUUCAAUAAAAGGUUGGUGAUUUUUGUAUGAUUCAUGUAGAGGCUUGUUUUGGUUUUUGCUCUCCUGAUUUAAUGAAAUUGUCACAAUUGAUUCUUGCUGUGUCUUGUUUGGUGAAAUGGAAACAACAGAACUGGCUUUGAAAAUGCUUGUAGAUCUGUUUAUAUGCUAUAAUGCACCUUACAAUUUUGUUUUAUGAUAUGCACUUAUCAAUGAUUUUUUGGAGGCUAGGUGGGCAAUGUUUUUGUUGUGUGUUGGAUUUUUUUUUUGGGGGGGAGCUAACUCCAUCUAAGAGCCAUUUAUAGUUGACUUAAUUCCCUUAGAUGAGAGGUGCAAUAUGUUAACCUUAUAUUCCCAGGUGGCAUUAUUAUUUUGGUUCUAAAGUCUGCCUAUAUUUUUAAAGCCUGGAUACCAGGAUUAUUUAAAGGUCAAAUUCCAAUCUGUCUGGAAUAACUUUUAGUUUUCCAGUUUGAUAACCCCCUCUCAACAAUAAAAAAGCAUUGAUAGAUGCAUUAAGUGCUUUUGUGUCGAUUUUGGUCCACUUUUAAAGUAGAAAUGAAAGAUGAGUUUCAAUAACAUUUUUAAUAUAUAUACAUGUAUAUACUGGAACACAAAUAGGAUAAAUGCAACGUUGUAAAUGUGGUGCUUUAAACAUCAUAUAUUCAGAAAACCAAUUGUUACAACACAAAAUGUUACAAUGGUGUUUAAACAUGCUGCUAUUUGAAAAGUGGACUAAAUAUUGAUUGAACAUGUAACCAAACAAAUUUAUACUCUGAAUGCUUUAUUAUCCCUAGCUUCCUCUUUAAGCAUAAUCAACCUCUUGUUUUCUGUGUAUUGCGUUAUCCCAGCAUAACCGAAUAAUAUUCACUGGAUAUUAAAGCUGAUAAAUUGUGGCAAAGCCA